AUGGCGGCACUGACAUCGUGGAGAUAUCAACCUAUAUUGGCGAGAAAUAGCUCAGAUGGGAGCCCAUUCCCUCAAGAUAGUGUUUACAACAGCGAUGGUGAUGAUGAUGCCCGUGUCAUAGUGGUAGAGACGACUGGUGAAAAGUUAGAUGAACCGGCGUUGAGGGCGACUUCCUACCUCUUCGUUUUAUCAUUGAGCUUUGGUGCAUUACAAAUCGUCUUUGCAGUCCUAUCAUCGUACGGUUCUUCCCAAUUGUUAUCAGUUGGCCUCAGUAAGACAUCUGUCGGCCUAACAUGGCUUGCUGGACCACUCGUAGGGACUUUCGUGCAACCAUAUAUAGGGAUUCGUAGUGAUAGAUGCCGGCUUCGUUGCGGAAAACGAAGGAUUUUUGUUGGUAUAGGGGUUGGAGGGAUCAUUUUCUGUCUCCUUGGCCUAGGAUGGGCACCAGACUUGAUCUCAACCAAGGACGAACAGACGAUAGGCAAGACCCAGAUGAUGGGAUAUACCCUAUUAUGCAAGUCAAUGACCCUGAUUUGUAUGGUCGCUUUACAAAUUGCUAUUCAGCCGGUCCAAGUCGGGCUCAGAGCUCUCAUCAUCGAUACCUGCCCCUCACAGCAACAAAGUAGAGCUUCAGCUUGGGCUGCUGCAGCAAUGAUUGGCAUAGGAAACAUCAUUGGACAGCUUUCUGGGGCAACCGACCUCCCAAAGCUGUUACCCUUCCUCGCCAACACACAAUUCAAAGAUCUCUGUCUUGUAACAUUAUUUGCUUUGUUGUUGAGUUUAUCUGGAUUGUGGCUGUUCAUCAAGGAAAGAGGCCCCGAGAAGAGCGUGAAUGAGAUGGUUGAGUCAACCUCUUGUCAACCAAGCGAUGGGAGGAGAAUUGUAUCAGCGAUGUGGAAUUUACCUCAAGAUGUUCUAGAAGUGUGGAAAAUUCAAUUCUUUUCCUGGAUGGGCUGGUUUCUGUUCAUCUAUUACAUUACCAUAUACAUCGACAAGAUCAGUUUAGAUCAUUUGCUAACAGAUGAUAGGCAGCUGAAUGGCCUUAAAGGGCUGAAGUUCGCCAAGAAUGAGUCGCUGCGAUCCGGGCCGAGGGUAAUGCUUCUUUAUUCUUGCAUCUCACUUAUAUCGAGCACGAUAUUCCCCUAUAUAAUCAGCCCUUCUAGUAGCUUGGUCUGUUCUGGAAAGUUUAUGGAUCGCAUUUGGAAGUCAAAAUUAACAUUUUCCAAUUUAUGGACGGGUUCCCAGAUCUUGUUUUCAAUCUGCAUGUUCAGCAGCUGCUUUGUUUCCACAACAGAGGCUGUAACAGCUCUCGUCGCAACGAUGGGUGUUAGUUGAACCUGUACGUGUUGGAUACCAUUUGCUCUAGUCGGUGCGGGGACAGCAGAAAGGAUGCUGGAGCUGACUUGGUCUGCUGGUGGAGAACAGACUCUAGGGCUAGGCUUAUUGAUGAGUUUGCACAAUGUUUCCAUAGCGGCUCCGCAAAUGCUUGCUGCUUUGAUAUGUAGUUUAGUAUUUUUCGUCUCGGGAGAUAACGGGACUGGCAUCGCUUAUGUGUUGGGGCUUGGUGGUCUCUCUGGUCUGGUUGCGGCUUAUCUUGCGAGCACCCUGAAAGUAUCCGAU